UUUUCUUGACUAUAUAAACCUGUUAGUUCUCUCCCUUGUCGAGCUCUGCCUAAAACUAAAUGUCUAAAAAUGAGGACUUUGAAUCUGUGUUUAAAUUAUUUUCUUGUGUUUCUACUGACAUGCGUCUCAGGAUCAAGCCUACCUCUUGCUGAGAGUGCGGAGCCAAAAAAUGAAUUAGUGUCUCCAAUGAUGUUGGUGUGUUCUUUUCAUAUUACAGACGUCAUGGAUUCAAAGCAAGAGCGUGAAGUUGAAAUAAUGCACACAACACAUGUUCAUAAUAGGUUGCUUCUUUCUUGCAAGUGUCUACCAAAACCGACGUCCUGUCGCGAUGUCGUCAGUUCAGAAGACCGCGUUGUGGUGACAUUAGCUUCCGGGUUAGAAGUCAUGUGUGACACCAAGACAGACGGCGGUGGAUGGAUCAUCUUUCAGAGAAGAAUCAACGGAAAAGUAGAUUUCUAUAGAGGCUGGAAGGAGUAUCGUGACGGCUUUGGAGAUUACAACAUUGGUGAAUUUUAUCUGGGAAAUGAAAAUAUUUUUAGCUUAACUUUUACUGGACAAUAUGAUUUAAGAAUUGAUUUAGAAUUUAACAACACCAAAUAUUUUGCGCAGUACGAAAACUUUAAAAUAUUGAGUGAGACAGAGAAAUAUAAACUACAGAUAGGAAAAUUUUCAGGAAAUGCUGGAGAUAGUUUAACAGUUCAUAACAACAUGUUCUUUAGUACUUUUGAUAGAGAUAACGAUGUAUACAGAGAGACAAACUGUGCAGAAAGUUGUUUAGGUGCCUGGUGGUAUACAAAUUGUAUUCGUUCUAAUCUAAAUGGUCAAUGGGGAAGUACAUUAUAUGGCAAGGGAAUGAACUGGGGUCAAUUAACUGGAUACAAUAACAGUGUUUCUUUUAGCGAGAUGAAAAUAAGAGAAAGAAAAUAAAACGAACAUUUUGAUCAACAGUCUAGCCCCAGAGAGUACAGGAGACGCCCCUCCCUCACCAAUUAAAAAAAAAUUAAAUUAAGAGACACUAAAAUGAAUUUUGUAAAAAAAACAUAUUAAAAAUAAAGCAGAUCUU